CCGUCGUGGGCUGCAGUUGGAAAAUCGCGAGAAAAAUCAAUUUUUGAAAACCCCAAGUGCUUGCAGAAAAUCCAUCCGUGAUUUUCAUCCAUGAAGUGGGAGAACUAUUGUGACUUUGUGGCUGGAUGCUUUGGCGGUGCCUGUGGGGUGCUGGUGGCCCACCCACUAGACACCAUCAAAGUGUGGCAACAGGCCUCGAACUCAUCCGUUGUGAAGGCCAUUCAACAGAUCUACAGCCGCAACAAUGGGGUCAACGGCUUCUACAGGGGCAUGUUCUUCCCGUUCAUCUCGACGGGAGCGAUCAACUCACUGCUCUUCGGCAUCUACGGAAAUCACCUGCGGCAGCUGAGGAAGGUGUGCCACAGUGACUACCAGCGGGAGCAGCUGGAGUACCACAACAUGUUCCUGGCGGGUUCUGUAGCCGGAUUCGUGCAAUCCUUCAUCGCCUGUCCCAUGGAGCUGAUCAAAGUGCGCCUGCAGACAGCCACUUAUUACAGUGACUAUCUGUAUGGCCAGAGAAGGACCGCCUUUGGCACGUUCAAACGGAUACUCAAGACUGAUGGAAUCUCGGGCCUCUAUCGCGGCCUUUUGCCCAUGAUGUGCCGCGACGUCCUGCCUUACGGAAUCUAUAUGCUGGCCUAUCGCCAGGGCGUGGACUACAUGGACAGGCGGGACUUUGUGCGCCGGCGACGCAGUCAGUCGGACGGAUCCAGUGUGAACCUGCUGGUGACCACGCUGGCUGGUGCCUGGGCCGGAGUCAUCUCGUGGGUGUGUGUCAUUCCCUUCGACGUGGUCAAGACACUGAUGCAGGCGGACGAGAACCACAAGUACCGGGGAAUAUUCCACUGCGUGCGGGUGCAGUACAGGGCCUACGGCUGGAGGAGCAUCUUCCGCGGCAGCUGGAUGCUGGUGGCGCGGGCGGUACCCUUCAACGCCGCCACUUUCCUGGGCUACGAGUAUGCGCUGGAGUGGUGUCAGCGGUGGAAUGGCACCUACGUAUGACCAGGCAAGUCUGGACGAGAUUAGGAGCUUUAGUUUGUAUACAUUGUACAUUGUUGUUAACUGAGAAGAGUGAUAAUUACCUUCAAUGCUGUAUAACAGCAUUAACAAAUAGCUUUAAUUGCCUCAAUUUGUAAACGUUUUAUCAUAUCAACCACUUGCUUGAUAUUUUCGAAAUGCACCUCAAUUUUGUAAGCUUAAAAAAUGAAACAAUGACAAAUUAUGUCCGAAAACCAAAAAA